UAUCAGUAUCAGUAUCGCGUAAUCGUAAUAACUUAACUUUCCCUUUUCUUUUCAGUUUUCUCCCUCGACGCGCGGUGAAGUAAGCAAGUUCUUUUCGUUCUCUGCAUCUUUUCCACUCCACCAAGCAAUCCAUAAUCGAUUAUUCUCAACUCUUCUAUAUUCCAUUCAUAAAAACCCCAAUUCUUUCUUCAUCAUUCUCAAUCAUCAUCCACACAAAAUAACCAAAACAUAAACCAUGAUGCUCAGAAUUCGAAGCCGAGAUGGUCUAGAACGAGUAACACUCGAUAAUCCAAACAACAAAACCGUCUCAGACCUCAAAACAAUCAUCGAAAAACAACUACGUAUCCCCACACACAACCAAACCCUAUCCACCAAUCAAAACCUUCUCCUCGCUAAAUCCCUUCAAGAUCUUCUCCUAUUCACCGACAUGUCAAACCCUAACACUCCCUUAACAGCUUUAAACCUCUCUCACGGUUCAAUCAUCUUUUUAGCUUACGAAGGUGAACGUACUGUUCAAGGUCCCGCUGCUUUCUCACCCGCCGGUUCAUUCGGUAAGAAAAUGACUAUGGAUGAUCUCAUCGCGAAACAGAUGCGUGUUUCGCGACAAGAGAAUCCACAUUGUGAAUUGGUUUCAUUUGAUCGCGAUUGUGCAAAUGCUUUUCAGCAUUAUGUCAAUGAGAAUCUUGCUUUUGCUGUGAAAAGGGGUGGGUUUAUGUAUGGUACUGUUACUGAAGAAGGAAAGGUUGAGGUGAAUUUUAUAUAUGAACCUCCGCAACAAGGUUUGGAGGAUAAUUUAUUGUUUUUUAGGGAUCCUGAGGAAGAGAAAUGUGUUGAAGCCAUUGCGGCUGGAUUAGGGAUGAAGAGGGUUGGGUUUAUUUUUACUCAAAGUGUGAGUCAGGAUAAAAAGGAUUAUACUUUAUCUUAUAGGGAAGUGCUGCAAGCUGCUGAGUAUCAUGCUGAGAGUGGUUUGAAGGAAUGGGUUACCGCGGUUGUGAAGCUCGAGGUGAAUGAGGAAAUGGGUGGUGCUGAUGUUCAUUUUGAAGCUUUUCAGAUGAGUGAUGUUUGUAUUAGGUUGUUUAAGGAAGGGUGGUUUGAUACUGAGGUUAAGGAGGAUCAUGAUCCUAAGUUGUCCAUCAUGAAGAAGGAUGUUGUUGUUGGUGUGAAGGAUACUAAAGAGGUUGAUAAUGAUUUUUUCUUGGUUGUUGUUAAAAUCUCUGAUCAUCAGGGUCCUCUUUCGUCAACAUUUCCCGUUGAGAACCGGAAUACUCAAGUGACUGCGAUGGCACUGAAGAAUCAUCUUGAACGGACUAAAAAUCUUCCAUUUGUGAAGCGAAUUUCAGAUUUUCAUCUUCUUCUUGUAUUAGCGAGGGUUUUGGAUGUGUCUGCUGAUGUUCCUGCAUUGACCGAAUGUGUGCAGACACAGAGUGCUGUACCUGAAGGUUACCAGAUCCUUAUUGAGUCCAUGGCUAGCGCUGCUUGAUGCUGUGUCUAGGUGCUCGGGGCUCAUACAGGACCAUAGCAAAUGAAUCAUGCACUAUAUGUAGGGGAAGAUCCAGUGUACCAUGAGGUGUGCAGAAAUUGCACUGGUAUCCUUAUAAUUUUGCAUUCCGACCACCCUGAAUUUUAUAUGUUGCACCGUAGACUCAAAUAUUUGCAUCUAAACCCAAAGUAUUUCAUUUACUUUUUCGCAUUCUGACCAAAGUCCCGUCAACUUUAUGUUUAUGUAUAUUGUCUUAAUAUAUUUAUUAUAGUAAUUAUUAUUCUAUUUGAUUA